AUGGGAGAGCAGAGGAAGGCUGCAGGUCGGGUAGCUAGAUUCCAUGAUGCCCUCAAGAAGUUGCCAGACGCCGGUUGGGGAGCUUUCAAGAGCCAGAGACCCAGGGAAGUCCCCUCUUCGGCCUCCGAGGACCCCGAAGCCUGGCCGCAGUGCUCAGCCUUGGACCCAGCGGUUCCGCGGCUGGACGCCCCUCGGCGCUGGCUGUGCGCACCCAGGCGCAAAGCACUGCAGGUUGGAGGCGGAAGGCAGCGCGCUCUGGGCUCAUUGGCGGGUUUUUGCUGCCACCUCGCGGCGGUGGUGCGUAGCAUGCGAACCCUCCGCGCCGCGGGCGUUUGCCACGACAGCCUCCUUUUCCUCUUGAGGUCUGCGAUGGACUGCGCCCUGUCUUAUGCCAAAGUCCACCAUUUUGCGUGGGGAACAUCUAACUCCACCUCUCCAGGUCAGUCAGGUAGGGGCAGCCAGAUGCUCCCUCUAUCCCCUGGAAGCCCUGGGGGGAAAUCCAUCUCUAUCAGAAAGCCACAGGUGCUGGAGGUGAUUCUUAUUAACAGGAAGGAUGGGAAAAUACUGCCUGAGAGCCUUGUUCUUCAGUGCAAGGACAAGGCCACCUACAUCCCAAGCCAGCUGGAGGAGCAGCUUCCAGUCUUCAGAGAUGGGCCCAUCUUCUUCAAAUGCGUGUCUAGUGGGGGGAGAGCAAAGGGGGCACUUCGGAAGAAUUGUGAAGCAAGCACAGACAGGGUCACAGAGAGCCCUGCCUCUGAAGCUCUUCAAAUUGGCCUGGAGGAGAUUCAGCAGCUUAUCUUGGGCGGUGACCCAGCCACAGACAUUCAGACGGGCGCAGACACCAAGGAGCGGCUGAAGCAAGGGGAGGCAAAGGUUCCAGCAGAGCCUGGGGAGGCGCUCCCAGAAAGGCCUGGGGCCCGGCCACAACUGCAGGCACUGGGGCAGGGAGUGGGCAGUGCACAGUCCCCAGCCCUGGCUGAGCCCCGCCUCUCAGGCCCUGGAGGCAGAAAGCGCCUCAGCCUGGCCUCUCCCGGAUUCCGGAUCCAGCUGUCCUGGUUGCUGCCUAACUUUCAGCCCUGUGUCCAGCGUAUCUGUGAACUGAUCUGGGGCCAGAGCUCAGGGAAAGUCAGAGACACUCAGGAAAAUGAAGCAACCAUUCCCUCCCUCCACCAGGAUAUGUUGAUCCUAAGCCCAGAAAGCUCCAGCCAGUUGAAUAAAAGUGCCCUUUUCUUGGCCAGAGGCGACGAUUUGACCCACAUGCAGGGCAUGAUGGUGGUGGGUACAGGCACCUCACUGGCGAUCUCCUCCCUCCUGUCCCUGCCGCUCUUCACUGGGAUGCAGAUGUGCAGCCAUCAGCUGGCCUCCACCGAGUGGCUUACCAUCCAGGACGGCCUGCUUGGCUCACGUCUCUUCGUGUUCUCCCUCACUGCCUUCAAGAUUCUGGAGACUCUUGUGUUUGGCAAAGGAUCCCAAGCAAAGACCUCCCCUGAGAUUCUCCUGUUCCUUCUGUUGGCUGUCUUUGCAUCUGGCCUCAUCCACUGAGUCUGUGUCACCACCUGCUUCAUCUUCUCCGUGGUUGGUCUGUGCUACAUUAACAAGAUCUCCUCCACUCUGCAUCAGGCAGCAGCUCCAGUCCUCACACCAGCCAAGGUCACAGGCAAGAGCAAGAAGAGACAUUGA